CAGUGACGACAACUGGGACACCACACCCCCAGCCACGCCCACACCUCGCCAUGGCAACCUGCAGGAGGAGGAUGACUAUGAAGACGUGAUACCAACAGGGAAAAGCAAGUCCAGCCCCCAGGCUAAGGCUAAGGCUCCUGCGACCCCUGACCUUCCAGAGGAUGAGGAGGACAGGAAAAGAGUACUGGCAGAGCUCGGCCUGUCAGAUGUGUCCGAGGUCUCCAGUGUCAACUUUGACACCGAGAACGAAACAGACCAGGAUGCUCCAUCACCUUUGACCCCAAGGAAUAGACCCUCCCCAAGGUCAGCUCCCAAGGUCAACCAGACCGUGUCUUUACCUGAGAUGGGAAGAGCACAACAGAAUGCUGAAAAGAAGGAGACACCAAGAAGAAGUGAGAGCCAAGAUGAGUCAGAUUCUGACUGGGACUCAGACGAGGUGCUUCCCCCAUCAGACUACAGCGCAGGGAAGGCAGCGGUGAAGUCUCCCUCCGCGCCUGCUGUCAUGCAGAAGAGACCUCCCUCGGCCCAAGAGUCCGAACAAGACACGUCCACAUUCGGUGACGAUGAGGUCAUCAGACCUGACGAGGAAGACUUCACUCAGUCUGUGUCCAAAACUCCGUCCCUCCAGGAGUCGGGACAUAGAGUCGGUGACGAGGAUUCAGAAACCUCGUCUGACUUUGGUGAUGACGAAGUACUCCCUCCCAAGGAUGACCAUUUUUACACCUCACCAUACAGUAGUGGGAGGCCGCCGCUGUACCGUGGUGUCUCCCAGACGAUAGAGGAAGAAGAUGAGGACCAGGCUUCUCAGCUCGGCAGCGCCCGAUCCCGCCAGUCCGAGGUCACUGAGGAAGAGAGCGAAUCCGAGUGGGAGCGGGAGAAGAAGCGAGAACGACAGGAGCGUCAGAAACGGGAGCAGGAAGAGCGAGAGAGAGGGGAGGAGGAGAGACGGAGACAACAGGAGAAGGAGAGACAGGAACAGGAGGAACGAGAGACAAGGGAAAGGGAAGAAACGGAGAGAAGGGAAAGAGAAGAACGGGAGAGGAGAGAACAAGAGGAAAAAGAGCGCCAGGCUGAGAAGGACCCACAAAAGUUGGACAAGCUUAAGGGGACAUUGACAUCAAAACGCAAGGAGGAGGAAGAAGCCAGACGAAAGGAGAAACAAAGAAAGGAAGAAGAGGAAAGAAGGAAGGAAGAAGAGAGACAGCAUAGGGAAGAGAAGAGAAGAAAGGAAGAAGAAAAACAGCACAGGGAGGAGGAGAAGAGAAGAAAGGACCUAGAAAGACAGGAGGAAGAAAGACGUCAGAAAGAAGAAGAGCUAAGACAGGCCAGAGAAAGGAAAGAAAGAGAAGAACAAAAGAGACGAGAAGAAGAGGAGAGAAAAUCACAGGAAAGAAGAAGGAGGGAACAAGAAGAGAAGGAAAGAUUCAGGAAAGAAGAAGAGAGAAGACUAGAGGAGGAAAGGGAGCAGCAGGAGAGGAAGAGAAAAGAGGAAGAACGGAAGAGAAGAGACGAGCUAGCCCGGCAGCGUGAGGAAGAAGAACUGAGACUUGAACAAGAACAACGUGAAAAGGAGAGAAGACGCAGAGAAGAAGAAAAGGAAAGGAUACGGCUAGGAGAAGAAAGGAUCAGGAAGGAGAAGGCUGACGCCAAAAGGAAAGAAGAAGAACGCCGAGCUCAGCAAAGACGAGAGGAGGAAGAAAGACUUGCUGAGGAAGAGAGGAAGGAACAAGAAAGGAGGAGGGAGAGAGAGAAGGAGGAAGAGCGGAGACAAGAGGAGAAAAGGCGACAGGAAGAAGCCAGGAGGGCUGAGGAGAGGAGGAUAGCAGAGGAGAAGACUCAGAAACACCUCGAGAAGCUGAGGCAGUUAGCUGAGAAACAAGCAGAGCCAGUACAUGACAGCCCAAGACUGCAGUCCAGCUCUGGUGGCCUCCAGAGAUCAGGCUCAAUAGAUAAGGAGGACGUAUUCAGCAGCCAGUCGUCCGUGGUGGAAGACGAGAUUGAGGAGGACGCCCGUUCCCUGGAGCUGCGCAGGACGCGGGAGCGGGCGGAGGCAGAGCUUGCGGAAGCGAAGCAGGUG